AUGACACCACCAAAACCCACAUAUACCGAUGAACAGCUGGAGUUAUACUUGAACCGCAUCGGGUACUCCCACCCCGCCCAAUCCAAGUGCAAUCUUCUUCAGCAUCUCCGCCAGGAUAUCGAAAAUGAUGCGUUCUCUGCGCUAUGUAGUCUGCAAAGGCGACAUCUAAGUGCUAUUCCAUGGGGUAACUCAGGGCUGCAUUACUCGCAACAUCAUACUAUCUCUCUGAAUUCGCAAAUUCUCUUUGAGAAGUUGGUGGAGCGGCAGCUAGAUGGGUACUGCAUGGAGAAUACCGGAAUCUUCUUGAUUGUCUUACGGUCUCUGGGAUAUCUUGUUUACGCUACUGGAGGCAGAGUUAGUCAUGCUGCGUCGAAGGGAUUGAAUAAUGGACUAUAUUUGUCGUUUGGACAUAUGAUAUUGGUUGUGACUAUUGGAGGGAAGAGAUAUAUGAUUGAUGUCGGCUUUGGAAACAAUUGUGCCACUGUUCCAAUGCCACUUCAAGAAGGUGCUACUGCUACGGCUAUCGCACCAUGCGAGAUGCGUGUUGUCAGAGAAAGCAUUGCCGAGUUUACAGAUCCAAGCCAAAAGGUCUGGAUCUACCAAACAAGAUACAACCCUGAGAGCGAGUGGUUGCCAAUGAUCUGCUUUUCCGAUGUGGAGUUCCUACCACAGGAUUUCGAGGUCAUGAACUUCUCCGUCAGCCAGAAUCGAACUAGCUGGUUCACCCAGGUCUUUGUCUGCAUGCGAAUGAUUUUGGACCAAAGUGGCACAGAGAUCAUUGGUCAGUACGUUAUGUCGGGCAAGGAAGUCAAGAAGAGAUUGCGCGGGAAAACGGAAAUAUUGCAGGUGCUGGAUACUGAAGGGGACCGAAUCAAGGCCCUGGCCAAGUAUUUCGGUAUGCACCUUCGUGAGAAUGAGAUCCAAGGGAUUCGGGGAAUGACCUCGGAGCUCAAAUAG